UGUACUUGCAGGAAUCCGUAGUAUCUGCUGCUGAUGCAGAAGAGAGAAAAUGGCUGGCCUUCAGUUCUUUGUUCCAAGCUUGUGCAGAUCAAGGGAAAGAAAGCUGUGUGAGAGGCUUCGAUAACGAGAUUGCAAGAUGGAUGUGGAGAAGCUCAAGAAGAUGGCGGGCGCUGUGCGCACCGGUGGAAAGGGCAGCAUGCGCAGGAAGAAGAAGGCAGUUCACAAAACAACAACCAUCGAUGACAAGCGGCUUCAAAGCACUUUGAAAAGAAUCGGAUUGAACACUAUUCCUGGUAUUGAGGAGGUCAACAUUUUCAAGGAUGAUGUUGUUAUCCAGUUUCAGAAUCCUAAAGUGCAAGCAUCCAUUCCUGCAAAUACAUGGGUAGUCAGCGGAGUGCCACAGACAAAAAAGCUACAAGAUAUGCUGCCAACAGUUAUCAAUCAACUUGGCCCUGAUAAUCUGGACAACCUGCGGAGGCUUGUUGAGCAGUUCCAGAAGCAGGUACCUGGUGCUGAGGCUGGCACCAGUGCAUCUGCUGCACAGGAUGACGAUGAUGAUGUCCCUGAGCUUGUCCCUGGAGAGACAUUUGAAGAGGCUGCGGAGGAGAAGAAGGAACCAGAACUGGAAGAGAAGAAAGAAUCGUAAUUUUGUUGCCUAUCGCCGUCUAUUGCUGUGAAGGGUUGUUGGUUCAGUGUUGCCAUCUACCAUGCCAGAGACCUGCUCCUCUUUGAGCUCUGACGUGCCUCGUUCGUUUCCAUAUGCUCCGGUUUUCAGUUUUACAAGAAUUCGGUCCAAUCUGACAGUGAAAUUGAGUUUUGCAACGAAUGUGCUUCACGUUCGCAAGUGUUUUUUGAUAACAAGAAUGCCUAGGGCUGUAAAUUUCUGCAGGCUUAAGCUGCAAAUGGUGGUUGGUGGCGAUUGGUGAGAA